GACCAAGCCAGCUGGAAGUCUAAGCUAUAAAGGAUCCCUUGCAAUACGCUGCUCUUGGGAAGCUAUAUGACCAUCAGCGCCCAAUCCCUUUGCUCGAGUCACCGUCGAUAUCGUACGCCUAUCCAGACAGCUCUCGGCAUCUCCAUCACACUCUCUUAGGUGCGUGCUACAGGCCAUUAAAAAUGCCCGCGCGCCUUUCGACUCGCCUCAGUAUACGCUGGGUUCCAGGUGAGGCAUCGGAGCCCACUGAUACAUUGAUCAUUGGUGUUGAAGGCUGGUAUGUCGAUCUUCGCAUCACCAAGCUUGAUGGUUCAAUUGAUUGGGCAAUGGCUGGUGAAAGACUUAUAUUGUCACAGGAGCCUUUGACAUGCAAAUGGACGCAUUGGAUUGAUUCGAGGGGAUACACGGAACCUGAUAUUGGCAGCUUCCAGCCAGCCUCCGAAUCAACGGACAGCAUCGAAACAGGCAGCAUGCUUCACCCGGAAACCAAUACUAUGACACCCUACGAGGAAGUCUGGCGGACUCUCUCUCCGUCUUUCACCGAGCAUUUCCCUUCUGCCUGGAUCUUGCGCAGCGUGGAUGGUCGUACCUUCCUGGGGCAACUGGGAGGAGAUUUUCUAGCUUUGAAAGGCGGCAGCGAAGGGCCAGCAGGAAUGACGGGGUUCUGCGCCAGAAGAGAGAUUUGGGAUGACGGAAAAGCCGAAUGGACUACGAAAUACGAAGCAGGAGACGAGCAAAAUCUUCAAGAUCUUCCUAGGCGCGCCAAAGGUUUGCAGAAUAGAACAGAGAAGCAAGCGCAGUGGGAGGAAAGCUGUAAGGAAGGGGACGUCGUAGAGACCUUCGGAGCAAAGUACAUCGUAUGCGCGAUUGAAAAGUUGAGCUGA